GGCCUAGUGGGUACUGACCCUGCCUACGAAGCUGAUGGUCGCGAGUUCAAAUCCUGGUAAGGGCAUUUAUUCGUGUGAUGAGAUGAGCAUGGCUAUUUGUUCCUGAGUCAUGGGUGUUUUCUAUGUAUUUAAGUAUUUAUAAAUAUUUAUAUAUUAUAUAUAUCGUUGUCUAAGUACCCUCAACACAAGCCUUAUUUGAGCUUACUGUGGGACUUAGUCAAUUUGUGUAAUAAUGUCGUAUAAUAUUUAUUUAUUUAUUUUUUAUUUAAUUUUAAUCAAAACUGUUUACUAACAAUAAGUGGUACUUCCUCGUCCAUGGUUUGAAUAUAAUACAGAAGUUUUUGACUUUUUGUAAACGUUGUUCACCAUUAUGAUUAUUAAUGAUCACAUUACAUUAAGCAACACAAUUUUAAGUUUAAACAUUUUAUUUAUCAUUGUUAAAGAUAAUUUAUGUUAUUUUUAUAAAUCAAAUCAUAGACAAUAACGUUAAUAACGGUUACCGUUAUCGUUAAUCGGUACGCUUAGUGUUACACUACACUACGGUACGGUAGCAUCACUACUUUCUUACCAUAGACAACAUGUUUUGACAAACUCUCAGUCGAGUUGAGAUAAAAAUGACGAGCCGUACGAUUUACUAAAAUAACAAAAUAAAAGUGUUUUAUCAGUAUGACUGUGUGGAGAAUUAUCGAAGAUAAAAACUGCUAUGCCGUCGCCAUAUACAAUUACAACGGGCCGUCCCCCCACCUCCCCCUGGAAGUUGGAGAGCUGGUCCACUGCGAGAGAGAGACAGAAAACUGGUAUUGGGGUCGCAGUCUACGAAGAAACGGUGUGGGCGCCUUCCCGAAGAACUAUGUACAGUUGAGGGAAUGUGAAGUAGAGAGAGUCGGCGAAACAGUGGUUGCCUCCGCCGGCGGUUCAGGCGUAGUGCACGAUAUAGCUCUCACAUUGAGAGAUUGGUUACAGCAUUGGAAGAAACUUUACACGACAUGCGAUGAACGCUUCAAGUUCAUGGAAGUAAGCAUGCGAGCGCUGCUCGAACUGCGGGCGCAGGCAGCAUCCGGCGCCCUGCCGCUCGACCAGCUGCGGCGGGUCGCGAGGACCGCCAUCUUCACGAUAGACAAGGGGAACAGAGCAUUGGAUAUGGAGCUGGCGGUCAGAAACGCCAACGGGCAACUAGUCAACCCUCUACACAUGUCCACGUACAAACUCAACGCUUUACACGACGAAACAAACGCCAAGAUAGACAAAAAUAUGGAAACUACCCCGGCCACGCUCCCCCCCAGCAGCCACCCCUCAGCCCGCUGCUACUCGGUGGCCGUCAAAGUGCACAACUUCGUGUGCCGCAUGACGGACUGCGCGGAGCUGCUGCUGUCCCUGCACGACUCCAGCGGGAACAAGCUGACCGAGCAUCUGAUGAUGAGGUGGCCCACUCCGAAUAUGUCUACUGGACAAGUCGUGUUCACUGACCUCGGAAGUGAGAUAAAGCGAGAGAAAACAUUCCUAGUCUGCCACGUGGUUCGGAUAGGCUCCAUGGCUCCAGAAAACGUGGAUUACAGACGAUCUAUGGCCGGGGUGCCUGCUCCGCCAAAUUCAGGCGGCGGGCUGCGGCGGCCGUGCGGCGCGGCGGCGGCCGACGUCACCAGGCUGCUCGCCGACCACGCGCACUCGCCCGACCGACACGUACAACUGCCAUUCUAUGCUUGCGAGAAAGAAACGAUGGACACGUUACUCAAAAAAGUAAUAACGAACCGUGAGUUGAAGGAAACUAAACACCAGCAAGGACUGUGGGUUUCCAUACAACUAGUCGACGGUGAUUUGAAACAGGUCCGGGAAGAGAACCCGCACAUCCUGGUCAGCAACACGGCCAUCGCGCGCAAGAUGGGCUUCCCCGAGGUCAUCCGGCCCGGCGACGCGCGCAACGACCUCUACGUCACGCUGUGCAGCGGCAGCUUCUCACGGGGAGGCGUCAAGAACUCCGAGAGGAACAUAGAACUUUGUGCGAGAAUUGUGGACAAGAAUGGGCAGAUUAUACCAGGUGUAAUAUCAGUAGGAGCUGGCGUUCCAAAAGUGAACGAGUAUACGUCACUAGUCUACUACCACGAAGACAGGCCACGGUGGCAGGAAACGUUCAAGGUCUGUCUCGGCAUAGAAGAGUUCAAAGAAGCCCAUCUAGUGUUCCUGUGCCGGCACCGCAGCUCCAACGAGGCCAAGGACCGCGCGGAGAAACAUUUCGCGCUCUCCUUCCUGAAGCUCAUGCAGCGCGAGGGAACCACGACGCCGGACAAACAUCACACGCUUUGUGUUUAUAAGAUCGACAACAAGAAGGCGAGCACGGAGGACAUCGAGUCCGAGGCCGCGGCCGCCUGCCUCGCGCUGCCCUCGCGCCGCGACGAGCUGCCGGCGCAGGCCGAGCGCGGCCUCGUGCGCGGCCCGCUGGCCCUCGUGCACAGGGACUCGCUCGUCGUGCACUCCAAGCUGUGCUCCACCAAGCUCACGCAACGAGAGGAGAUCCUCGGCGUACUAAAGUGGGGCACCCAUCACGCGGAAGGCACGCUCCGGCAGGCGCUGACCAGGCUCAUGCACGUGCCGAGCGAGGAACUGGUCAAGUUCCUGCAGGACAUACUGGACGCUCUCUUCAGUAUAUUGACACAGGUACCAGAAGAGCAAGAAAGCUACACAGAGAACAGCUACGGCGUGUUAGUGCUAGAAAGCCUGAUGCGGGUUGUGUCUUUAGUGGCCGACCACAAGUACCAGCACUUCCAGCCCGUGUUGUACGCGUACAUCGAUGAUAGCUUCUGUGAUGCGCUGGCGUAUGAAAAGCUGAUAUCCGUCAUAGUAUGGGUGAUCACCUCGGCAGAGCAAGGAGAACUAGCGUUAAAGAGGCUACUGCAAUGUAUGAAAUGCCUGGAAUGCCUUAUUCGCUUCAUCGUUCGGAGCCGACAGUUGAGGAGCGCGCUCGGCGACCCGCAGGCCCACGAGGACUUUCGCUUCCAGUUUGAGAGUCUGAUGGAGGCGCUGGUGUGGCUGAUGCGCUGCGGAGACUACGCGCUGACGUGCCAGGGCUCGGCGCUCAAGUACCUGCCGCACGCCGUGCCGCACGCCAUCCAAGUGUUCCCGCACACUGAGCUGAGUGCGCACGUGGUGCGAGCCUUGGAUGCCCUGCCGCUCAACCGGCUGGGCAAGCAGCGCAUGCUGGCGCUGCUGGAGCUGGCGCGCGGCGCGCUGGGCCGCGCGGCGCCGGCGCGCGCGCUGCUGCUGCCGCACGUCGCGCACACCGUGCGGGCGCUGCUCAUGGAGAAGGUCGAGUUGGACCGCGAGGCGGCGCACAAGUCUCGCUCCGUGGACAAGGCGGCCCGGCUGCUCGGCGCGGACUCGUCCAGGCUCCACGACCCUACGCAGCAUCAGCAAAUCGUGGAGCUAUGCGUGGAAACACUAGGCGAACUAGUCACUCUGCUAGCCAGAGACGACGUAGGCCCCGUGGAGGCCGACAGAGGGGAGCUGGCGAAACUCCUGUUGCCCACCGUACUCCGAGUAGCUGCUAACAUGAUGAGGGAUGAGAGGAACAACGAUGAUCCUUUACUGCGUCGCAUCGUCAGUAUCCUGCUAGACAUAGUCCGUCAAAUGUCCGAAGAGCAAUACGCGCUAGUCGUGAAAGCAUUGGAGCAAGAAACGGGCGGCUCCGCUAGUCUAGUGGUCGACGCACUAGCGUUGCUGCAAGCGCUGCUGCAGCGGCCGGUGUUCCGCGCGCACUGGGCGGACAUGCUGUAUGUGCAGCAUUACGUCAUGCUGCACGCUCUGAGACUCAUCUCUAUAACGCUCUGCAACCGCCUCCAAUCCAUCGACGAGACCGACACAGAAGGCAUCGCUGCCAUCCACUCAAUGUGCCGCUCGUGGUUCAACACUUGCGCUUCCCUAGCCUCCUCACAACCACUGCAGUUGGAGACGAUGCGGGCUGCGAGGCGAGCGCGGGCUGCAGCGGUGUGCGGAGACGUCAGGAGGGCUGCUGCGGUACUACUGAGAGAUCUGUGGUUUGCGUUGGGUGACCAUAAGCGCGCCUUCAUCCCAUGCCUAGUGGGCCCGUUCCUCGAAGUCAGCUUCCUUUGCGACGAAGAGGUUCGGAUCACUACCAUCCCACUGUUCUUUGACAUGAUGCAGACAGAGUACAACCACAGUGUCAGCACUGGAGACAGCUCGGAAAGCCCUUUAAAAGACUUAGAGAGCGAACUCAUAGACAAAAUCGACGUGCUAGUGGAACGCGGCAGCGGUGACGUGGCGUGGCGAGCGCGCUUCGUGUCGCUGUGCGGCGCGCUGUGCCGCGCGGCGCCGGGCGGGCUGCGCGCCGCCGCCGCCGCGCUGGUCGCCGCGGCGGCGCGGCAGCUGGACACGCUGCUGCAGUACAGAGCGGCGGCACUCAAGUCAGCGAUAUCACAUAGAAUGCUUCUCACAACCAAAGUACUGCAUUUCUACGAACAAAUCGAGAGGCCGCAUAUGUAUAUACGCUACGUGCAUAAACUAUGCGAUAUGCAUCGGUCAUGUCACCAGUGGGCCGAAGCAGGUUUAACGCUAAGACUACAUGCUAGACUGUUAUCAUGGUUGCCUGCUCCCAUUGAUCAACCAACACAACCACAAACCACUAGCGAACGAGAUCUUAAGGAAAUGCUGUACCACGAAGUGGCAGACCUGCUCGAUCAGGGCCACCAGUGGGAGGUCGCCGUGGAGGUUAUUAAGGAGCUGGUUGAAGUAUACGAGGCGGAGGCACUGGGCUAUGCACCUCUAGCAGACCUCCACUCCCGCUUGGCCGCAUUCUACACAGCGAUGAUGAGGACAGUCCGCUCCCACCCCGGGUACUUCCGGGUAGUGUACUUCGGUAAAGGCUUCCCGGACCAUCUCCGGGUGCCACAUGGCUUCGUAUACCGCGGCAACGAGUACGAGCAGCUCGGGGACUUCAAAGAACGUCUCCUGGACGAGUGGCCCGACGCCGAGGUCUUGCCCAAGCUGGACCCGCCGGGGGAGGAGGUCACUGAGGCUGACGGACAGUACUUACAAAUAAACGCCGUGGAGCCAGUUAUGGGUGAUAAACUUAAGCGGUUAUCCGGCAAACCGAUAUCGGGCCAGAUCCUGCAGUACUACAAACACAAUCACGUCAACAAGUUCAUAUUCUCCAGGCCCUUCCAUAGACCCGAGGAACCACUGGAGGGAUCAAAAGACGACCUUACAAAUGUCAACGAGUUCGCGACGAGAUGGCUUGAACGGACUGAGUUGGAGAUCAGUGACAUGCUGCCAGGAAUCCUAAGGUGGUUCCCAGUAGUAAGGCAACGGACGUUCUGGGUGUCACCGGUGGAAGCCGCAGUGGAGGCGUUAAGAGACGCGAACCGAGCUUUGAAGCAGCUGAUUCUAGAAGCGCGAGCCAGCGAUGCCCCGCUGCAGCCGCUCACCAUGCGACUCAGCGGUAUAUUGGACCCGGCGGUGCAGGGCGGCAUCGUGAACUACGAGCGCGCGUUCCUGACGGCCGCCUACGCCGAGCGCCACCCCGACCACGCGCCGCUGCUGGCGCAGCUGCGGGACCUCAUCGCGGACCAGAUACCAUUGCUACAGUUUGGUCUGGAUGUCCACGGGGCGAGGAUGCCGACCGCCCUAGAAGGGCUACACGCGCACAUGCUGCAGUGUUUCCGGAGGAUACAGAACCACGUGCACCAACGAUAUGGACGCAAGGCGUGCGACUUUGAAUCGGAGGUGGCCGAGGUGCAGCUGCGCAUGCCGCCGCGGGAGCGCGCGCACGACGCGGCCGCGCGCGCGUCCGACGUCUCCACCGGGACCUCCACCGACAGGGAAAAAUGUUCGACUGACCGUCAAAUGUCGACCCAGUCGCAAAACGACGAGCCCAGGACGUGCAGGUCUGAUCCUCGGCAGACCCCUGCUUCCGCAUCAAAGUCGAAGUUCUUCAGUUUCAAUGCCGCCAUAAACCCGCUGGCCAGGAACAGCGCGGCCAGCAACUACUUUGGGACUCUCAACAGCUCGCCCAAGAAAAAAGAGAGAAGACGAGCAAGAAAGAGUGAAAUCGGCACCCAAGCCAGCGGCAGCCAAUGGUACACCAGUCCUGUUGCGAAUGGAACCAGCAACAGCACAAACACCAGCCACGCGAGCAACACCAGCCUCGCUUCUCAGUCGGACUCGCCUCUACGCGAGCUGAGGCAAGAGAACUUUCAGUCCCAGAUGGCUGCCCGAAUUCAAAACGCUCUGGUGACGGAGCGGCCGCUGCGCGCCGAGGCGGAGCAGCGCCGCAUGUCGCAGCGCGCCAGCCUCGUGUCCGCGCCGCCCUCCAAUAGGAACUCUAUGGGUACAACGGACUCGAACCAAGAAGACGAAGAGCCGCCGCCGCUCCCAGAAAAGUCCGGCAACAGGAGCACCCUCGACAGCGACCACAACAACAACCCCGAGCCCCUCCCGCCGCGCAACAACUACGACACUGUGUUGACGCCUCGGGGCUCCUUCCUCUACAACUCGAUGAUGCGGCGGCCGAGCGCCGGCGCGCCCGCCGGCCCCGCGCCGCCCACGCCACCGCCGAAGAAGAAACACCAGCAACAACAUCACUCCUGAGUUAGUAGCAAAGCCAUAUUGUUGCGAAAUGUGUAACUGAUACCGCGAGUUUCUUGUACAAAGUGCCAAAUAUAUGUACACGCUACCUUAAAGUAUAGGCAACGAGGUCGUCGACACAUAUUUUUGGCACUUUGUCCGUGUCAGUAUUUUAUAUAUUUUGUAUGCCUGUAUAUUCAACUGCUUGCGUAAGUAAUAAAACCAUACUGUUGCGAAAUGUGCUAUUGCUGACGUUCGUGGCAAAGAAUACAAAAGUCCACUUUAUCAUUCAACAUGGAGUUGAGCAACUCAAUGCCCAGGCUCGCUAAUAUCAACAUUAUUUUUUUAUUGUUUAUAAAAUGUAAUGUUAAAAUGUUUGCAAUAAAUAUUUUGAGUCGACAUGAUUUCAGGUACAACCACAUAGGUAUUAAAGAAAUUAAAAAAAUCUGUUGAGCCAAUGGCGCUAAAAGCUGAUUAUAAAAUUAUUUAUAAUCCAAUUUCAAUGAUUUUUAAUCAGCGAGGUAGCACUAUCAAAAGCAAAUUGUUUUGCCUUAAAACUACUAUUAUUAUAAAUAGCUUUCAUUUUAUUUGAAAAUAGAGAUUAAGUAAAUUGAAAAUUUAUCACCAAAAUGGGUAUUAAAAAGUAAAAAUUAUAAUUCAACAAUGUUUUAAAUAAAAAAAUAUUUCAUGAGCUACGUAAACUCGACGAAAGAAAACCUCUUGAAUAAUUACAAAUAGUAAUACUCAAUGUAGACAAAAUGCGAUCGAUUAUAAGGUUGAGGUAACUGCGUCCAUGGGACAGUUGCGCUUUCUCUAGAAAUACUAGAAGAUAGGUUAGAUGCGAUUGUAUCUUGGUCGCGUUUUCCCUAUCAGUACCCCAUUUUAUGAAGCUCACGGACUACACAGACACCGCAUUAUGAAGCGUUUACAAAGAGCUUGAGGUCACUACACGUGGGUCCAAUAUUACUUGUGAAAUACUACGAUUCGGGCAGCACAACUUAGUUGUGUUCUACGCCAUUUUAUUUUUAUACCAUAACCAGCUACACUUUUACAAAUUGAAACUAAAACGAAAUUAAACCUAUGUUAAUUUCUAGUGUCUAAAUUAUAUCAAAGAGAAUUUAAAAUAGAGGUAAGAAAACUUUGUAGCCACAAUAAAUUUACUGCCACCUUUCGACACAUUAUUAGAACUUUUAGAAUGACUUUGAUCCUUAUUUUUUAUUGAUAUGUGUUAAAUAUCAAAAUGUGGCGCCAAAUAUUUUAUUUUAUACCUCCCCGAGCGAAUGAUAUGAAUAAAUAUUUUCAACUCAGUGAAGUGUUUUGCGCAUCUCUACCCUCUAGUAGUUGAUGUGGUCUGUGAUGAUGGUACUUCAGAGGGCCUACUGCGAAAUACGUUUGACGUGUUACACUCUGUCGCACUUGUAAAUUCGUACGUAUGUGUGACAGGGAAGCAACACGUUGAACGUAGUUCGCGGUAGGCCCUCUGAUUCUAAAAUGCGCAUUUAACUGAUAGACGCAUUUACCUCCGGUAGUAUUAGUGUAACAAAUAAGGUGUCGUUUGAAUAUUGUAAAUAAUGUGUUUUGUAAAUAUGUUAAGUUGAUUACUUGUCUUUACCAAGUCUAUUAAGAAUAAUACAGGGUGACUGACCUUGGGACGUUAAUCCAUUUAGAACCAAUAAGCGCACAAAGUACCGUUAUUGUUUCCAAGCGAGCACAGCAGGCGAGCUAUUGAGAAAACUUGGCACUUAAUUCUUGUGGAAUAAGUUAGUUAAAUUGACUCUGUUUUGCCUAAAAAUUAUAACAAACUCGCAACUUUUAUCAGUAUAUUAAAAAACUUUUACUUUUAAUUUUUUGGCCAUGAUGUACAAAGAAAUAAUGCGACGUGUGAAGAAAUUAAUUAAAAAAUUUCUUUGACCAAAACUAUUGACCUCAGGAAUGCGUGGUUAAAAUCUGUCGGGUUUUACCAGCCCACGGUGUAUAAUUAAUAUACAAUGUGUAAAACAGUAAAACCAUGAACUGAAACUCAAAACAAAUUGUUUCAAGUCAUAACGGUCACGACCGGUUUGGCCUAGUGGGUAGUGACCCUGCCUAUGAAGCCGAUGGUCCCAGGUUCAAAUCCUGGUAAGGGCAUUUAUUUGUGUGAUGACCACGGAUAUUUGUUCCUGAGUCUUGGGUGUUUUCUAUGUGUUUAAGUAUUUAUAAAUUAUAUAUAUCGUUGUCUAAGUACCCAAGACACAAGCCUUAUUGAGCUUACUGUGGGAUUUAGUCAAUUUGUGUAAUGAUGUCCUAUAAUAUUUAUUUAUUUAUUUAUAAUGUUAAGUCAAUAGAUCAACUUUAUACCUAAUGCAAGUUAUUUUGUGUAUAUAUUUAUAAUCAGUGAAGAGUUAAGAACUACGUAUCAAGUAGAAUUAUAAACACAUGGGUCAAAAUUAUUUACGCUGCCGCGUUUUUUGUCCUCAAAAAAUGUGACGGAGUGUAGCCUUUUGUUUUUAAUUUAAUUUUAUUUUAUUUUUACAGCUAGAAAGGCAAUAGUUGUCGACUUUAUUUAUUUAUUUGAUAGAACACGGAAAUGACAGAGUGAUCAGAAACAAGACAUCAAAAAAAAAAAAACAACGAGUUGCACUCCGGGGGUACAGGCCGAAGUGAAAACUUGAAUAUUGUGCAUUUUUGAUAUUUUGGAAUGGUUAGGGAAUAAUUUUGCACGAAUUGCUUUAAUUAUCAGUAUAAAAGUACUCUUAAUGUGGUAAAAUACAAUAUUAAUUUCAAUUCAAUAUUCAUUCAGGUCACGUGUCCGUCUUACGAAUUUUCAAUCUGACGAAUCAGUCGGUCACGUGACCUGUCGCGAAUUUAACAUAUUUUCCCCAUCACAAAAAUUGCACAGCGCCGCUAAAGAAGUUUUCACUUCAAAAAUUUGUCCCACAUAAGUUAACAGAUUUUACAUACGACUCGAUCCUUGCAUUUGGAUCCCCUAGGUCACAUGCACCCUGUAUGCAAGUAUGCACAAAACAUUACUGUAGAAUAGAUGCAACCAUGUCACAUAAUUAACUCACACAAUAGAAUAUGGACUCUAUUAGUUGGUAAUAAGGUCGAUAUUCGAAAAUUGUCAGUAAUAGCAAAAGGUAAAGGCAAUAAUUAGUGAUUUACCCACCAUAAAUAUAAUGUAGAACUUACCAUAAUAGUUACCACUUUCAACAAGUAGUGAUAAUAAUGCCAGCCCAUAGAAAUGUUGAUAAUGUGUUUAGUUUGUAUCAUAUGUGACGUUUUCAACAAAAAGGUACCACGUUAUCGGUUGUCUAUAUGGUUGAUUUUAAAUUGAAGCUAUAUGGAAAUAGUGCCUUGACAACCGACAAUGAGUAACCUUUUGGUUGAAAAUGGCACAUAUUUAGGAAUACUGAGAAGCGUGAGUUGUUCUAAAUAUUGUAGUCUCAAUUCGACAGCUAAAGUAGAUGGCGCUGUAAGGUUGCCAAGCAAUCGAUUGAUAAUCGAUUUAUUACAAAACUGAUGGCGACGUACAGUCUGUCAAAUUUGUUGGCACAAUAUUGUUCAAUAAUGUAUGCGUCUUAGCAUUAUUUGGUCUAUCGUUUGUAUGAAAAUAGUUAAUUAAUGUUUUAUAAUUCCGUAAUAAUGUGUAAAUAGUUAUUUACUGUACAUAUAGUGCUACUUUAUAGCACUAGUGCGAAAAUUUGCAUACAUUUACUGUGUCGAACAUUUAAAGGGCCAUAUGUACUGUAAAACGUUGUACGAUACAUGUGCGACUAUUACGAUACAAGUGCGGAAAAUAUGAAAUUCGCAACGAGUGGUGAUAAAUUAAAACACUGGCUUCGGCCGUGUUUUAAUUUUGCGAUUUUCCUAUUUUCCGCACCUGCAUCGUAAAUAACUAUUACCUAUUCGCACUUAUAUUGUACAACGUUUUACAGUACAUAUGACCCUUUAAAUUUUCGAUAUAGGCACGGAAAGUGCUGAGUAGCACCAUAUGUACUGUAAAAUUUAUUUAUUUUAUUUCUAAACCAGCGGUGGCAACAUGGUUCCAUUUUUAUCACUAGUCACUAUGCUUGUCACUUUCGCACCUACAUACUUGUUAGAACGUGACAGGCAUCGUGACAAAUGAUAAAGAGCCGACCACCUUAGCCCUACUGACGUUUUCCUCUUUUAAACGAUAUAAAGAAAAUCAAAUGUAAUAUUAGACAUUACAGAUGAGCUUCAAUACAUUUAGGCAAGACUUGAUCGAUUGACUUCAACCAAAAAGUAACUGAUCGCAAUUUUCUCCAAUCCCACUCUGAAAAUCUCUAAAGUUUUUUUUAUAUAAGUGAAUAAUUGAUUACAAAUAUAAAGCAUAAAUAUUUAAAAAAUUAAGCAACAUUAUUCAUUUCAUUUUUUUUUAUACUACGUCGGUGGCAAACAAGAAUACGGCCUGCCUGAUGGUAAGCAGUCUCCGUAGCCUAUGUACACCUGCAACUCCAGAGGAGUUACAUGCGCGUUGCCGACCCUAACCCCACCCCCCCCUCGUUGAGCUCUGGCAACCUUACUCACCGGCAGGGACACAACACUAUGAGUAGGGUCUAGUGUUAUUUGGCUGCGGUUUUCUGUAAGGUGGAGGUACUUCCCCAGUUGGGCUCUGCUCUAGAUCUGGAAUGACAUCUGCUGUGCUGUGCCCUACCACACAAGGCGAGAUGACAUUCACAUUGCCCAUACCUCUCUUUUGGACGUAGUUUAAGGACAUACCCGGGUCCAAAAUUUAACUGAAAUGAAAUAAAAAUAUUGAUUUUUCAGACAAAUAAGUCAUAAUAAUGUUAUUGAAAGGGAUUUUUCCUAUAAUAUAUAAUUGCGACCGCGGCCGGCAAAACGUCCCAUUUUGUUGCUUGCCAUAAGGGCGCCUUGACAGGUUAUUCGUAAAGAUACAAGCAAAUCUCGUCCUUAUGGCAAGCGACAGUGGGACGUAUUGCCGACCGCGGUCACAAUUUAUUAACCACCGCUGUCUUUUAUACGUAUUUUUCUAAUGAUAUUUGUGAUAUUUUAAUUUCGAUUGAUGCCAUUUUUCCAAAGGACUUAAAAUUAUAUUCAGUUUAUGUGAAAUAAAUUUUAUUAAAUUUGUGAUUUUAAAAUCAUAUGAGAUAUAAUUAUAGAAGUUAUGUAAUUAUAAGUUGUGGUGUUAAAGACAUUUUUUUUUUCGAUUAGAUUAUUUAAGAUAUUAUUUUGUAGAAUGUUUUUUUGGUUUAAAUGUUCUUAACUUUUAUUCUAGCACUAUAUUUUAAAAUGUGUGUAAUUAUAGUUUUCACAUGAAAAAUGUAUGAAAAUUAUUAGAGGCUAGAUUUUAAUUAGAAAAAUUGGACUGCAGAUAUUAGUUUGGUGAUAAUCUGAAAUAAUUCAAGUAUUUGUAUAUAAAUCUAUUUAUUUCAUAAGUGAAUGAUUGUUUACAGUAUUCGAUAUAGAAAUUAGGAAUAAUUUGAGAUUUUUUGAGAUAAGAACAAACUAUUUGAAUCAAGUUUUUUUUUAUGAUUAUUUGACAAUGAAGAAACAAUAUCGUCACAAUAACGGUUGUUAAGAUGCCAAAUAUAUUUGUAAGUGUCUUAACCGAAAACGGCAUAAUUUUAUGUCUAUAAAUCAAUAAAAAAAUGUACUUUAUAAUGUAAGGGCUUCCAAAACGCUGUACACAAACUGCAUUUGAACUGCUGUCUUUAACAAAACUGCAGCUCGACUGCAUGUCAACUGUAAUUUUUAACCCUUUACCAAAAACUUCAACUAACACGAGCGGUUCCAAACCAAUACCAACCUUCGUACAUUCAGACAAGGUUCACAAUAACGCGCACACGACAAACGUGACGUUCAAAGGGUUAAAGUAGAUUGAAGUUCAAGUAGAAUGUAUCUGCAAAAGAAUCGAUAUACGGUGGGGGGGCGAACUGCGCCAUUCCGUCAAAGUGCGCCUACCUUGAAUAUAUCGAAAACUACUUAUAGAAUACUAGAAAUUGACGACCGGUCUGGCCUAGUGGGUAGUAAUAUUAACGUCAUGGCUGUUUUCUAUGUAUUUAUAUUUUCAUAUUAUAUAUAUCUUUGUCUAAGUACCCACAACACAAGCCUUAUUGAGCUUAUUGUGGGGCUUAGUCAAUUAAUGUGAUGUUUAACUACUAAUACUAAUACAACAGCAAGUAAAAAAAAAAUACAAUCAUUAAAAUACUUAAGGACUAACAAAUAAACUUACAAUACUAACAAAUAAACUGCAAGUUAUAUAACUAGUAUCCUGUAAGCAGUUUUCGAUAUAAUAAAGAUAGGCGCACUUAGACGGCAUGGCACGCUCUCCCCCCAAUUUAGUGGUUUUGUAAGUGUUUAAAAUAUUCAGAAUAGAUCGCUUUAAACAGAGAAUAACGCGUAGUGGCCAUAAUACACCAAAUAAAAAUGUUAUUGUGUAUAUGUGUAGAUAUACAGAUAUAAUAGUUACUUGUAUAUGGACAAUAAAUCACGAACAAUAAAUAGAUUUUUUCUAUUA